AUGACUAAAGCCAUUUCAGAAGCACUCCCACAUACAUUUCAUAGAUAUUGCAGUUGGCACAUUCUAAAUAAAUUUUCAGAGAAGCUAGAUGCGAUUAAAUAUCGGGAUCACUACCAAGACUUUCAUAGCUGCAUUUGGAAUUCAAGUAGUGGAGAUGAGUUUGAUUCAAGGUGGAAUGAACUUAUUGAGAAGAGUGGAUUGAGUGAUAACAAGUGGCUGAAGUCGAUAUACGAAAUCCGUUCAUCAUGGAUACCAGCACAUGUAAAUCAUUGUUUCUCAGCAGGAAUGUCAAGUUCUCAAAGGGCAGAGAGUCAACAUUCUUUUUUCAAGGAUUAUGUUUCUCAGUGGAAUACGUUGGUGGAAUUUAUGGUUCAGUUUAGGAGGGGACUUCUUCACCAACGCAACCAUGAGUUAAGGGAGGAUCAUAUUAACAUUGAAGAGAAGGUAAAAACUGUAAUGUCCCUUGAUAUAGAAGAUGAUAUGGCCAAGGUCUACACACGGAAGUGCUUUUACGAAGUUCAAGAACAGUUGAAAGAGAGCUUCAAAUAUAAACUUGAACUUCUAAGAAAAAAUAAGACUGAAUCCAUGUUUAAGGUCAUCCGAAAGAACAUUGAUACUUCUAAGUCUCGUGAAGUCAUUUACAAAAAAGCUUCUAAUUUUGCAUCAUGCAGCUGUAGGAAGUGGGAGAGUGAAGGGCUCCCAUGUUGGCAUAUUUUGUGUUAUUUGAUUAAGAUCCAAGAUGUUGAUAAACUGCUUGUUCAGUAUAGCUUGAAAAGAUGGACUAAAGCUGCAAGACAGAGUGUUGUGUUGGAUUCUAAUGGAGUGGAGAUUAAAGAUAAUAAAACUUUCUUUGUAAGGAGGACUAAAUUGUUACAACAUGCUACAUAUGCCAUUGAUAAGGCAAUUGUCAGUGAUGAGGCUAGCUAG